AUGUCUGGAGAAAUUAUCCAAGGAAAAGCAAAUGAGCUUUUGCAAAAAAUGUAUGGUGAAACUAAUCCGGAAUUCAACUUUUCUAGUGGAUGGUUAGAACGUUUCAAGGUAAGAUAUGGAAUCAAAUUUUACCGACGUUCUGGUGAAAGUGGUUCAGUUAUCAUGGAGAACAUUGAAAAUGCUUUACCUGGAAUACGAUCAAAACUAGACCAAUUUCAGUUGAAGGAUAUUUACAAUAUGGAUGAAACUGGAUUAUUUUACCGAUUGGAAGCUGAUCAUUCACUUGCUACCAAGCAGCUCGAAGGACGCAAAAAAGAUAAGGAGAGAAUUACUGUUGUUGUUUGUUGCAAUGGUGAUGGAUCUGACAAAGUACCACUUUGGGUUAUUGGUAAUUAUGCAAAUCCUAGAUGCUUUAAAAAUGUGAAUAUGAACAAUCUUAAUUGUAAGUAUCGAUCCAACAAGAAAGUUUGGAUGACUGGCUUGCUUUUUCAAGAUUUUGUUGGUUGGUUUGAUAAGAGAAUGAAUGGCAGGAAGGUUCUCUUAAUAGUAGACAAUUGCCCAACUCAUCCAAACGUAGUUGAAGGCUUGAGAAAUGUAGAGUUAUUUUUCUUUUCUCCUAACACAACGUCUAAGACUCAACCAUAUGAUGCUGGGAUUAUUCGAGCAUUCAAAGCUCAUUAUCGUCAUCGUUUUUAUUCUAGCAUCUUACAAGGCCUUGAGGUUGAAGCACCAAAUCCUGAAAAAAUUAAUAUUUUGAAUGUUAUUAAUUUUGUUAACAUGGCUUGGAAUUUUGAUAUGAAGACAACAACAAUUGCAAAUUGUUUUCGGCAUUGCAAGAUUCGGUCAGAAGAAAACAAUGUUCCCGAACCAGAAGUUGGUGAAUUAGAUGAAGGUAUCCAAGGAUUAAAUGAUGUCAUCUCUAAUUUACACUAUAGAAAUGUGAUGGAUGUUGAACGUCUUUUGAACUAUCCUAGCAAGAAUGAUGCAAUUAUGGAAUCACCUACAGAUGAAAAAAUUAUUCAAUCGGUAAUGAACAGUAAUGAUGAUGAGAAUGAUCCUGAACCAGCUGAUAAUAGUGUUGUCCCAAAUGUGUCGUCAAAAGAGGCAUUUCAAGCAAUAGUCACCUUAAGCAACUACUUGCUACAACACGAGCAAAAUAUUCCGGAAGUUGUGUAUGCUUUACAAAAAGUUAAGGAUGAGGUUCAUUUUGGUUUAGAUGGGAAGAAAAAACAAUCAACUAUAGAUGCAUAUUUUCAAAAGGAAUAA